AACAGUAUAAAGCUGAUAGUUUUGCUUCACAUUUUACUCGUCUAUGCUCACCCAGACUGCGCUGACAUCCUCCUGUUUCCAGCUCCUGCUUCCAAAGUACAGUACAAGUGAUACAGCGUGAAGAUGGCAGUGUCAGCAGCUAUAGCUGGAGCGUCGUUGCUAGGAGUAACAGCAGAGCAAAUCUCCAGAAAUAUACAGACAAACAGAAAUGUUACUAUUUCAAUUCAAAACCACUGUGAUUUCUCUCUAACAAACCCAAGGAUUUACACUUUCAGUGGAUAUAACGUAGAUCCUCCUCAGCCAACCAUCAAAGAAAAAACCACAGCCGUGUGUUCCUUCAGCAAAACCAGUGAUACAGCAUGUGGAAGUGUGGGUGUCUUAACCUACGAUGUCAUCAAGAACAAUGAUCCUGUCGAAUGCAUUGCCAUGAUGUUUUCUGUACCAUAUGAUUACAAUUUGUACGAAAACUGGUUCGGUUUAGGGGCCAUUAGUGUAGGAACGUCCUGUGAUCAUGCCUUAUACAAUCGAAUGUAUCACGAGGGGGAGAAAGGUUUCAUCAGAAAACAAGCAACAGCUGGGCUCAUAGAGUUUACUGGGGAAGCUGUUGUAAUAAAAGCCACAAUGUCUCCCGCCGGCAGGUCAAUAAUGAAGGUUGAAGUGUGGAACAAAUGUACAUGUGAUUGAGACAUACUGUACUUGCUUUUCAAUGCCCUGAUAUUUGCAUGCAUGAAAUCAUUCUUCUCACCUAUUGCAAAAAAAAGUCAUAUAGUGAGCACUAGAUGCAUUUUACUUUUUAUACUGUAUAAAAGCAUUUUCAACAUGUAUAACAAACUAUGGAUUGUGUUGAUGCUGUUGAUAUAAAUGAACACUGUACUGUAUGUACACUUCUAACCUGUAUGUUUACUUUUAGCCUGUAUGUACACUUAUAACCUGUCCUUUAUUGGACAACUUGAGGUGAGGUGGUAUGUGUUUCUUUAGUAAACUCAGUAAAAGGCAUUUUUCUUCCAAAGAGAUAAACUUACUAAAAUAACAAAUGUACAAUGCAUAUUAAUUUGCUACUUAGCUGCUAAGACUAUUUUCAUGCAGUUCUUAGUUAUUAAAGCUUGUAUUAAUAAA